AUGACGUCCAUGGCCGCAUCACUGCAGGCGUCGCUGCCCAAGCCGAAAUACACCGGAGAAGAUGAAGAGGCGCCGUCGCGGGCGCAGCAGCGCGGGCCCCGGAUCGUAGGGCCUGGCCAGCUGGACGAGACGCAAAUCGUGCUCAAGCGCAGCGGUCCUCCGCCGUACGGCCAGCGAGCGGGAUGGCGGCCUCGCUCGCAGGAGGACUUUGGCGACGGCGGUGCGUUUCCCGAGAUCCCCAUCGCCCAGUACCCUCUGGACAUGGGUAAGAAGGGCGCCAAGACGAGUAAUGCCCUGGCGCUUCAGGUCGACGCCGAGGGCAAGGUCAACGAGCCGGGAGAGAUUGAUCUGUCGCGUCCGGACAAGGAGUCGGUCGAAGCGACGACGGAGAGGACCAAGAACGCGCUGGCAGCUCUCGUCAGCGGAGCCGUGGCGGCGCAGAAGCCAAAGAACCUCAACAUCGGACAGCGAAAGGACCCGACCUUUGUGCGAUACACGCCGGCAAACCAGAUGGGCGACAACUCGAAGAAGCAGGACCGCAUCAUGAAGAUUGUCGAGCGGCAGCGAGAUCCCAUGGAGCCUCCGAAAUUCAAACACAAGAAGAUUCCCCGUGGCCCUCCGUCACCACCUCCGCCCGUCAUGCACUCGCCGCCGCGAAAGCUCACCGCCGAAGACCAAGAGAUGUGGAGGAUUCCGCCUCCCGUGUCAAACUGGAAGAACCCCAAGGGUUUCACGGUGCCACUGGACAAGCGCUUGGCGGCAGACGGACGAGGCCUGCAGGACAUAACAAUCAACGACAAGCACGCACAGUUUGCGGAGGCGAUCAAAAUGGCAGAGCGCCAUGCCCGAGACGAGGUUCAGCAGAGAGCCCUGAUGCAGCAGCGGCUGGCGGAGAAGGAAAAGGCGCAGAAGGAAGAGAACUUACGGGCCCUGGCCCAGAAGGCGCGGGAGGACCGAGCCGCAGCCAGUCGGCGGGGGAGAAGGGACUCCAGAGACUCUCGAGAUUCGCGGGAGUCAGUCUCUCGAUCCCCGUCACGGUCCAGCUACAGUGGCUCAGAGUCUGGAGGUUCCGAUAGCGAGGAUUCAGAAAUUCGGGCUCGAGAAAGGGCACGAAGAGAGAAGCGGAAGGAAGACGAGCGGAAACUGCGACAAACGCGAAUGGGCGCAGAGCGGCGUAUCCAGGUCAUGGCCCGGGAGCAAAAUCGAGACAUUUCCGAGAAGAUUGCUCUGGGCAUAGCCAAGCCUUCGCAGUCCAAGGAAACCAUGUACGACUCACGAUUAUUCAACCAGUCCAGCGGGUUUGACAGCGGGUUCAACGAGGACAACCCCUACGACAAGCCUCUUUUUGCGGCUCAAGAUGCCAUCAACAGCAUCUACCGGCCGCGAGCAAACCUGGACGACGAGGAUGCGGAAGCGGGUGACCGGGAGAUGGCCAAGAUUCAAAAGUCCAGCCGGUUCGGUGAGGCGCUGGGCAAGGGCACCUUUAAGGGGGCCAGCGAAGCAGAGGCACGAGAGGGGCCGGUGCAGUUUGAGAAGGAUGCCGCCGACCCGUUCAAUGUGGACAAAUUUUUGUCUGAGGUGGACCAGAACUCAUCUUCGAAGAGAGGGUACGGGCUGCAGGACGAAGAGAGGAGGGCCAAGAAGGCUCGCGUGGAGGAGGAUGACGAUUAG